AUGCCUCUCUAUCACUCAAUUUGCUGUGGAACUGUAAGUAUAGCAGAAGCUUCACGCGACACUUGUCACAACUUCGAUCAAGUAUUAGACUUGUCUUGUGGCGGUCAACGUCCAAAUCAAAGUUAUCUUCCAUUGGGUUGCAAAGCCAGAUUUCGUUUGAAUGCUGACACAACAAAUGGAUGUCUUCGAAUUUCAUCAUUCCACAAAGAGCACAAUCAUGACAAUACUGAAGAAGACUACUUACGUGUCAUAAACAAAAGGCGACGAAACAUAACUGGCGAAACAACACUGGGAUACAAAUACACUGGAGAAACAGCACCGGAUGUAAAUGAACAUGCAAAUACUCGCAAAGUUGCGGAAAACAAUUUUGCCCCUUUCAUUUUAUCUUCAGAAAAUCAUCCUACUCUUGCUAAUUCAUCCCAAGAAAACUCCACUUCGGUUGUUUCAUCCCCAGGAAAUUCCGCUCUCCAUAUUUCAUCGCAAGAAAACUCAGCAUUUGUGCCAGUUACUCGUUCCGCAGAAAUGACAGAACAGGAUGACGGAAGACAACAAAUGUCACAGCAGAAUUUACCUUCGAUAGGUUCUGUUUUGAAGCAAAUAUUCGCAGCUCAAUUAUUGGAUCGAUUUCAGCGCAUAGAAUAUUUGAUUAUGAACGCUUAUAUCAUUAACUGUGGACGAUGCCUGCCACAGGAAGUGUACCUACCGUUCAUCUUCGGAGUAUAUGGCGCUGAUUAUCGUCUAUCGGAAUGGUCGGAUGUGCAACUAAGAGAUGUUAUGAUCGUACUUCUACAACCGCCAGAGAUCCUGCUUCAAGGCAAAUUACCAACCGAUAUUUCAAUAAAUGAAGUAAAACGGGUCCGACCACCACGUAUUCAGCGCGCGAUCGCGGCUAUUAGAGAGGAAAAACUGAAGAGAUGCGACAAGAUUUUUGCGCCACUUGUGCAGCAAAUUUUUAAUGCCAUCUCUCGACAUGACUUCUUGGUGGCUGUUCGAGAAUUCAAAAAGUUUGCUGAUGAUGUAAGAAAUAUGAGUGUCAACAAUACCAAAUCAUGUGAUACGAAAACACUGCAGUGCUGA